GGCGUGGAUUGAGGCAGUCAGUGGCAAGGUAUCAGUAGGUCUGGUUGGGAACAGCCUCGCUAAAGCCCAGCGCUGGAACAAAGAGGUGGAUGAGGAGGUGUUAACUCACUGUCUGGCAAGCUAUACAAAAUGUUCUCCCGGUUAAGAAUAGCUGUUUCUCCCUGCAUGUUGGCACACCGUGGCGUGCAUACGAGAGGAAAAGGCAAGCUCUUGAUGCUGAACCCCAGGACAAACAAGGGGAUGGCUUUUACCUUAAAAGAACGGCAGAUACUUGGACUUCAAGGACUCUUACCUCCGAAGUUUGAGACACAGGACGUCCAAGCUUUACGUUUCCAUAAGAACAUAGCCAAAAUGACGGAUCCCUUAGAGAAAUACAUCUAUGUGAUGGGAAUUCAGGAAAGAAAUGAGAAGCUGUUUUACAGGAUUCUACAAGAUGAUAUUGAACAAUUAAUGCCGAUUGUCUAUACACCAACAGUAGGCCUUGCAUGUUCCCAGUAUGGGCAUAUUUUUAGAAGGCCAAAAGGAUUAUUCAUUGCCAUAACAGAUAGGGGCCAUAUCCGAUCUAUUGUGAACAACUGGCCAGAAAAUGAUGUGAAGGCUGUUGUCGUCACAGAUGGAGAACGUAUCUUGGGCCUUGGGGAUCUGGGAGUCUAUGGCAUGGGAAUCCCCGUUGGCAAGCUCUGUUUAUACACAGCCUGUGCUGGGAUACGCCCUGAUAAGUGCCUUCCUGUAUGUAUUGAUGUGGGAACUGACAAUCAGACACUUUUGCAAGAUCCAUUUUAUAUGGGAUUGUAUCAGAAACGAGACCGUUCACUGCUUUAUGAUGAGAUAAUUGAUGAAUUCAUGGAAGCCAUUGUAGACAGGUAUGGCCAAAACACCCUCAUUCAGUUCGAAGACUUCGGCAACCAUAACGCCUUCCGCUUUUUGAGGAAAUACCGAGAGAAAUACUGCACUUUCAAUGAUGACAUACAGGGGACGGCGGCAGUUGCUCUGGCGGGAUUAUUGGCAACACAGAAGGUCAUUGGAAAGCCCCUCACUGAACACCGGAUCCUCUUCCUCGGGGCGGGAGAAGCCGCCCUCGGAAUUGCAAAUCUCAUAGUCAUGGCUAUGGUGGAAAACGGCCUUUCUACAGAAGAAGCUUAUAAGAAAAUCUGGAUGUUUGAUAAAUACGGCUUAUUGGUUCAGGGCCGGGAACAAGCAGGGGAUGUCAACCAGGAGCCCUUUACUCACCCAGCUCCAGAGCAUGUACCGAAGUCUUUCGUCGAUGCAGUGAACUUGCUUCAGCCUUCUGCCAUUAUUGGGGUAGCAGGAGCUGGGCACCUUUUUUCUCAUGAUGUCAUCAAAGCAAUGGCCGACAUCAAUCAAAGGCCCAUUAUAUUUGCACUGAGCAACCCUACCGCAAAAGCAGAAUGUACUGCCGAAGAGGCCUACACACUAACAGAGGGGCGGUGCCUGUUUGCGAGCGGCAGUCCAUUUGGGCCCGUGAAGCUGAGCGAUGGCCGGUCCUUCAAACCAGGCCAGGGAAACAACGCCUACAUAUUUCCAGGGGUGGCCCUUGCUGUUGUUCUGAGUAGUGUUCGGCACAUCAGUGAUAAAGUCUUCUUGGAAGCUGCAAAGGCGUUGACGGAGCAGCUGAGCGAGGAAGAGCUGGCAGAGGGAAGACUUUAUCCUGCACUCUCCAACAUCAGAGAAGUUUCCAUUAACAUUGCUAUAAAGGUCAUGGAAUAUUUAUAUGCCAACCACAUGGCGUUCUAUUACCCAGAGCCUGCAGACAAGGCUCAGCAUGUACGAUCGAGAAUCUGGAGUUAUGAGUAUGAAUCCUUUUUACCAGAUCUGUAUGACUGGCCAGCAUCUACAUCCUACUCAUCGGACACAUUCUGACCUGCUCAGAGGAUGCGAGAUCCCCAAGGGGUAUCUGAAAUUCUGCUGGGAGCCCCUUGCCAGAACAAAAUUUGAAGUAGGACAGCCUGAGACUUAAAAUUCUCGUUUUGUGCUAAACAACUGAGCUGGGCGCAGCACCAUCACUUGGUUUAUUCACUGUGUUGGAUUUCCUCUCUUCUGAGGUGCAUUCCUAGGGGCAAUUUGGUUGCCUGAAACAGAAUUGAAUACAUUUUUUCUAUUCUCCCCAGGAAGCUAACUGAACAAAAAAUGGGAAAACCCUUGAUUCUUUUUAUCUUUUGUUACUGUUCUGCUGCGUGCUAAAGCUUUUUUCUGUACUAUCCCAUUUCAGACUGUAAGCCGCAGGGGUUUACAUAACUGGAUGCUUCCCCUGAGAUAGGUUUAUUGAGAACAGAACAUUAACAAGUCAAGGAGGGAGGGUUGGCCUUGUCUUCUUCUUGCUAUUUAUUUAUUUUUUUACUUGCAGAACUGUCUUUUUUCAUGGGAGAAGCGUCCAGAAAUGCUGUCUUCCUUUUGUAGUCUAGGGGGAAAAAAUCACCUCUUCAUUCUGCUGGAAGCAUAAAUCAAUGACCAAAUCACUCCAUUUUUGUACUGAUUCUGUCUUUUUGCAACCUUGGCAGCUCCUGCAUCUGUCCUCCGUGCUGACUUCUGUAGCAUGAAUUGCACGAAGCCAGGUUUGCUGACAAGAGAGGCUUUCCUGCUUCCUUGCUGUCUGCAGAGCUGCUCCUCCCCAGAUUCAGACAUAGAAUUCUGUCCUUAGCUCUACAAAGGUUUUUUUGCUCCGGGAAAUAUCAAUCAUUGUCAGCAAGCAAUGCUGCCUUCUCCAGGAUCUGUGCGUGUUUGUGUGCUGGAGUCUCUGAAUUCUGCAGUGAAUAAUGCAACUUUUGUAUUGGCACUUGCUACAUAUCACCUCCCUGACAUUUGUUAUAUAAAUGGGGUAUUUCCCCCCCUCUAUUUUGUCUUUUCAAGUAAUUUUUUUUUGUUCUGCAUGCUUAGAUUGUAACACACCUAAUCUGAACCCUGCUUUCCCCCCAGGUCUCUGUCCCAUUGAUCUAAUAAUUGGAGGGAACAUGGGCUUCAUUACCCCAGUCCUAUUCCCGAAACAAAGCAGACCCCACUCCAGUGAAAAAUAUUUCUUUUUACCUCCAGCUAACCUUGCUUUGUCAUAGGCAUAUAUAUGUUAGAUCUGGGACCUUUUCCCAUUUAUUUAUUUAUUUAUUUGUCCAGUUACCUUACUCUGUUUCUGGGAAUCCAUUAAGAACGUAAAAGCUGCCCUCUUGGAUAAGUCAAUCUUCAAAUUGCCAAUCCAAUAACAAUGACAAUAAUAACAACA